AUGAUAUAUUUGGACGAACAUCUCAACAGUGCAACGUCCAUUGUUCUGUCACUGUGGUUCUCCUCACCUGGUUUAGCUGCUGUUGCGGGAAAUGCCGUUGUAUUGUGGUUGUUCUACAAAAAAAAGUCUUAACGAACAAUUUCCAACUGUUUCUUAGCCUCGCUUUCCGUGGUGGACUUUUUGGCUCGACUUGUUGUGCACCCACUGUUUACGGCUGGAUGUCUCUCUUAGUCUUCAUAUCACAGUGGUGCAAUUAUUAGAUAUGUCUUAUGGAUGCACUCUAUAGCUUCCACCGCGUUUAACUUGUGCUGUGUUUCCGCUGAUAGGUUAAUCGAAGUUCGCUUUCCUUUCCGCUAUCAGGAAAUCGUGGCAACGAAGAGAUGUUAUGGACUGAUAACUACAGUUUAGGUCAUAUCACUCCUUUCUUGGUGAUGAUCGUAAAGAAUGAAGCAAAUGGUCAUCUUGUAGAACUGAGGUUGUUGUUCGCUUCUUUAACAUUUCUGUCUCCAAUAUUUUUGGUUACGUUAUGCUAUCAGUUCUAAUUUUCAUAACAGCCGGAGAGCAAUACAGUAUAGUAAAAAAGGACACUGGAAACUCCAAUAACAAUAGACUCCGCGCUGGUAAAAAUUUCAAAGCCAUCAAAACAGUUGGACUCGUUUUGAGUAUUUGUUUUGUCACGUGGAUGCCCUAUUUAAUCCUGACUAUUGUUAGUUGUUAUAAUCUUACCACACAGUGUAGACGAGGAGAUUCAAAGAGACCGAUUCCGGUUGCAAGGACUUGGGUCAGAGCAACUGCACUGACUUCAUCAGCAUUCAAUCCAUCGAUAUACACUUCCGAAAGGGCGAGUUUCAACAAGCUUUUCGCCGGUCUUUUCACUGGCUGCCCGGUCUCCAACAGAUCUAAGACAAGGGCGACAUGUACUGGAACCUAG